AUGGUCCUUUUCACAUCAGAUCUGCCUGAUCUUGACAUCCCGCGAAACAUCACCGACUGGGAUUUCUUAUUCGACUCGCCAUACUCGCCAGUAACACGCUACGCCCCGAACAAACUCGCCGGCUACACCAAUGCCAUUACCGGCCAGCGAAUCCGCUACGACGAAGCCCGUGACUACUCGACCUGGCUCUCGACUGCCCUGGUCAAGAACCACGGUCUAAAGCCCGGCGACACCGUCUCUCUGUUCAGCCAAAACUCGAUAUGGUACCCGAUUGCUCUCUUUGGCGGCAUCCGAGCCGGCGCCAAGAUCUCGGGUGCAUCUCCGGCAUACAAUGCUGAGGAAAUGACAUAUGCCCUGAAGACGGCAGACUCAAAGUAUCUCAUGACCACCGCAGCAUCCAUGGAAGUUGCGCUCCAAGCAGCAAAGGCAGCGGGACUCCCCAAGGAGAGGAUCUUCUUGCUCGAGGGCAGACUGGACGGCUUCGCCAGUGUCCAGGAUCUGAUAGAGCUGGGAAAGAGUCAUGGCGAAGCAGGCCAGAUCCCAGCGUUCAAACUGCCAGCAGGCAAGAAGAAUGGCGAUGUGUGCGGGUUUUUGAGCUUCAGUUCCGGUACGACCGGGUUGCCCAAAGCCGUGAUGAUAUCGCACCAGAACAUGAUUGCACAGUGUAUGCAGCUGCACCAAGUAUGUGCACCAGACUACGACAAAAUCCUAGCAGUCAUCCCCCUAUUCCACACGUGGCGCGGGACCGCAAGACUGAAGCGCCACACAGUAUCAGGCCUCGUACACUUCAUCCACUUUCCCGUCCUCGCCAACUCCGAGAUAUACAUGCUCCCAGGCUUCAAAAUGGACACAAUGCUCGGCGCGAUCGAGAAGUACAAGAUCCGAGACCUCUUCCUCGUGCCUCCCAUCGUCAUCCGCCUCGCUCGAGACCCCAUCGUCGACAAGUACGACCUCAAGCACGUGCGCCGCGUCUUCUCCGGCGCCGCCCCAACACCCGCCGAGAUCCUCCAGCUGAUAGCCAAGAGGUUCCCCGGCUGCGGCUUCAGACAAGGGUAUGGCAUGACGGAGAGCUGCAGCUGCAUCACCUGCCAUCCGUUCGGCUGGUACGAUUUCAAAUACGCGCACAAGGGCGGCAAGAUCGUGGCAAACACCCAGGUCAAAGUCAUCAAGGACGACGGCUCCGAGGCUGGCAUCGGCGAGCCAGGCGAGAUACUGGCCCGUGGGCCCCAGAUUGUAAUGGGCUAUUUGAACAACGAAAAGGCCACCGCCGAAACCUUCGACGCAGACUCCUUUCUCCACACGGGCGACUCAGGCUUCUUCGACGCCGACGGCAUGGUCCAGAUCGUGGACCGCAUCAAGGAAAUGAUCAAAGUCAAGGGCAUCGGCGUCGCGCCCGCCGAGCUCGAGGACCUGCUCCAGGGCCACGCCAGCGUCGCCGACUGCGCCGUCAUGGGCAUUCCAGACGACUACGCGGGCGAGCUGCCCAAGGCGUUUGUUGUUGUGGCGCCAGGCGUGUGUGCGAAUGAGGACACCGCGCGGGAGAUUAUGGCGUUUGUCAGGGGGAGGAAGGUGCGGUAUAAGCAUAUCCGGGAGAUUGAGUUUGUGGAUGAGAUUCCGAAGAGUGCGUCUGGGAAGAUUCUGAGGAGGGUGUUGAGGGAGAGGAAGAGAGGCGGGGAGAGGGGGGUUUGUGUGAGGGAUGUGGUGGACGAAAAGGCCAGGCUGUAA